UUAUGGCUGCAACUAUCUUUAGCGGGCGGUAAGCCUCGUUUCACUAGUGUAUUAAGAGAUGCGUGGAUUUUUUUCUGCACUUUAUUGUAUAGUAGCGAACGGCGUUGGAAUAUUGAGUCUCUCUUUGAGACGAAGAGCACCUGUAAUCCUCAAACUUAAUAGAAUGAGGAAGAAGCUAUUGGUCGAUGCAGAUUGCGGCGUGGAUGACGCCCAGGGUAUCAUGUUGGUUCUGGCAGCCCCGAACGUGGACCUCCUGGGGGUGACCUGCGUGCAUGGAAACACCACAGUGGAGAACGUGUGCAGGAACACGCUGCGUGUCCUGCAAGCUUGUAAUAGACUCGACAUUCCAGUGUUUAAAGGUGCCGCUAAGCCCCUCCUUGGCAACACGAUAAAUGCUGGAGAGUUCCACGGCCAGGAUGGGCUCGGAGACGCCCCGGACCCAAACGCUCCCGGUGUGGAUCUGGUGCAACAGGAAGACGCUGUGUCGGCUAUGAUCAGAAUAGUCAAAGAGAACCCAGGAGAGGUAUCUCUGGUUGCCACGGCACCCCUCACCAACCUGGCCUUGGCUGUGAGGAUAGACCCGUCUUUGCCGAGCAAGUUGCGAGGACUCUACAUCAUGGGAGGCAACACGGAAUCUCGAGGGAACACCACCGUGUGCGGCGAGUUCAACUUUGCAGCCGAUCCAGAGGCAGCGUACAUUGUGCUGAGUGACUACAAGUGUCCAACCUACUUGGCAUGCUGGGAGUUUACUUGCUACAGCAAACUCUCCUGGGAGUUCUGUGACACCUGGUUGGCACAGGACACGCACAAAGCUCGCUUCAUGGCGCGCAUCUUCCGCCACAGCAUCGAGGCGUCACAAAGCGAGCGCUUCCAGAAGGAGUUUGUGGCCGGCACCGGCUUCAUCUCCUGUGACUCGUACGCCAUGGCGGCAGCCGUGGACGAUGCUUUCAUCACCGAAAGUGACUGCUACGCGGUUAGCGUGGAGCUAACGGGCACGCACACAAGAGGCAUGAUGGUGGUGGAUACCAGAGGCGUGCUAAAGAAGACUCACAAGGCUUUCAUUAUAAAGAAAGUGGAUAUGGAGAAGUUUGGGGAGAUGAUGAUGGCGGCGUUGAAAUAGAGCAGUGGCUAUGCAGGCGGUACAUGGAAACAUUUGAUUCCCAAGAUGAGUAAAUAUUAUGUCCUUAUAUUACGGCAGUAACAAAGUGUAACGUGUCCCAUAAUAGUUUCCCCUAAGUUAUUUAAUGGGACACACAGCUUCCAAAAGGUUCAACCUUUGUAUUGUCAAAUCACAGAAUGUUUCCCCCAAAGGUCUUGGGGAUGAUCAAGAUGUUUUCUAGCAAAAUUGAGAUUAGCAUUAAUGUACUUUUUGUUGUCUCUCUUAUGGUGGAGUCAUGAACCUUACCUGAGGCAACCAUUGAGGAAUUAUGUGAAAUUAUCUUUCUUGUCAACUACUAUCAACUACUUUGAUGACCUGUAAAUACUGAAACUGUGAAUGUGGAAUGCUAAUUAUCAGUAUCUCAUUAUCUGUUCAGGAUGCCUCUGGGUAUGUGUUCUGGGCACAUCCAACCAACAUUGUACCAUUUUUUUCCUCUUCAAUGAGGCCCUAACACAACACUAUUGCAGAGUCAUUCCUACAAUUCAAUGCCAUUUCAGCAUUUUGAUUGUGAAUUUCUAUUAAACAUGUUGUACUUUGCAAGAGCUUGUAACAUUAUCUAAUUGAGGGUUUACUAAACAACAAGAGCUCAGAUGAAUUCUGAUUAUUUUGACCAAAUUCUGGGCAGGCAACUUAACUUUAAUGUCUUAGAAAAAAAAACGCAACAAUCUUGAAAAAAAAAAAACAGCAUAAUUUAUUUUAAAGUAAAGUGUAGCUUCAGCACGUUCCAAAACACUCAUUCAUAUGUUCAUACUGAUCAUUUCUCCCAAUACAAUCGAGGAUGUAAGAUCACCAAGCACAGCAAAUAGCCCCCCCUUUAUUUGCUGUCAAUGUUAGAAUCCAGGGUGUUAUUAAAUAUCUGACAGUCCUUUUUUUCGACCCAAUGUGUGCAUUUCAUUCAGUAAGGUGAAUCACACUAGAACAGUUGGUCAACCUCAUGUGACGUCAUUUGGGGCCA